AUGCUGCCAAAACAACUGUCGAAAGCGGACUCCAAGGUGCUUGCCCAGGUCUUCGAUCCUGAAAGUGCACCCACAAGAGUCGAAGUGCUGGUGAACCCCGACCUGCCGACCGAUCCUCGCAUCCUAGACGCUGAGCUGCUGCUGAAGCUCAAAUCCCGCGAGAAGGAAGCCAUUUCUAUCAUCGAGCAAUUCGAGAAGAACGCAGGGCCGCAACAAACAUCAAAAGAUGCCGCUUUCAGAGCCGCUCUGGCCAUCAUCGACGACAUUAUCGAUUGCCACCCUGAAUAUGCUUCGGCAAGGAAUAAUCGAGCACAACUGCGAAGGUGGAGAUUCGGUGACCGAAACACCCUCUGUCAGAAGAAGUCAGACGUUGAUGGCGAAAAAAGUGCUGCUGCAGUAGCCGCUGUGAAUGAUUUGACUGCGUCCGUCAAGUUGGUCUCUCCGGCAAGGCCUCAAGAUGGCGUAUCUCCAGCACAAGGUCGUCUCCUCGCACAAUCAUACACCCAGCUUGGAGCAUUGUAUUAUGCUGCCUUCAAAGAUCUCGAUACCGAUGUAAUCAUGGAAGUUGCUGAGUUGGAUGGCUCCUCAUGGACCAAAGACAGAUUUGAGGAAGAAGCAUCGAGGCUGUUCUACCUCGGUGGUCUGUAUGGCAACGAGGUUGCCAAAGCAUUGGCUGUCCACACGAACCCUCACGCCAAGCUGUGCGGGAGCAUUGUGAAGGAGGCCAUGCGGAAAGAAUUGGCAGGUGUGAUAUAG